AUGGACUACUAUACAAAAUGGGCAGAAGCUGCUGCAUUGUACACCAAGUCUGCUAUAGAAGUUGCACAAUUCCUCACAACUUUGUUUUCCCAACACGGACUGCCCGUGCUUGUUAUGUCAGACCAAGGCAGGGAAUUUGUCAAUUGCCUCAACCACAAAUUAUUUGAAACAACAGGAGACAACCAUCUAAUUUCAACAGCCUACCAUCCCCAAACCAACGGCCUCAUUGAGAAGUUCAAUCAGACUCUACAAAGAUCCCUUCUGAAGAUGGUUGGAGAGAACCAGGGUGACUGGUUCAAGUACUUGGACUCAGUAUUGUUUGCAUAUAAUACCAGUAAACAAGCAUCAUCAAAAUAUUCGCCAUUUUCCCUCCUUUAUGGACGAGACGCAAGACUUCCUGUUGAUCUGCUAGCAAAGCCAAAAGCACAAAUUGGUUUAUGGAGACAUAAAGUCAUGAUUGAGCUUAGUCGUAUUGACUAUUGA